UACUUGUUUUGGCGUUCACGCUUGUUGGACGUACAGAAGUACGCGCAUACAUAUGUACAUACAAGCAAAUAUUUAUAAAUUUGCCAACAAAUUUCAUAAUAUCAACACAAUAUAAAAAGGAGUACUUACCGACUGUAAUUAAAAGGAGUGUGUCUAAUUAAACUCGCUGAAGCAACUAUACAUACUUAUUAUACAUACAUACAACUACAAAAAAAAUAAGUACAAACAAGGCUAGUGUAAUAAGAGUUGCAAAAACAAAAAGAUUAAAAAACAAAAUCAAAUAAACACAACAAAGUGAAUGAUUGCUGCUGUGGGGAAAACCUGUGCACUACAUUCGCUACUUUGCGUGUCUCGUACGUUUGCUCAUUCAACGAGUGUGAAGUGAAGUGAAGCUUUAUUAAGCAAAAUAUGUUUGAGCGCAUAUGUAUCUACAUAAAUGCAUAAACUAUAAGACCAUCAAAUUAUAGACAUACCUACUAUGCACAUAUUUUUAGUGUUCAAUUAACAGCCACGAAAACUGCAUUUAAUUAUUUUUUUUAUGACGUUUCGCUUAAACGCGUUAAAAUAAUCCCCUUCACCGUUUUUGCACGCAUUCGUCAUACCUGCAUACAUACAUACAUACAUAAAUAUUUAUAUGUACAUGCAUACAUACUAAAAAUCCAAAGCUAUAGUUUUAGUUUCAAAUAGUUAAAAAUGAUUUAACUUGACUUUGAAGCGCAGUAAAUACUCAAUUGUAAUGGUGAGGCAACAGUGAAGUGUUAAUAGUGUUACCUACAUAUGUACAUACAAAAAUUUUAAUGCAUGCAUGAGUUUAUUAACGCGUCGCUGCUCCAACAUUUUAUCGACAAAGUUAUUGGUGCAACAACAACGCUACUACCACCCCAUUAAUAAACUGCUCAACGCCUAUAGAAGUCCACUGAACAAUUCGUCGACAUUCCAUCAGCGGCAUUGGAGCAAAGGCAGUAAUAGCAGCCAGUUAAGGUUUUACCACGCAACAAAAAGGCAGCAAAUACAGCAAAAACAAAAAACCGUGCGUAUAAAUCGUUUGCUAGAGUUUAGAACGCCAACAGCUUUUAUAAUGGGCUCAGCAAAUUGUAAAGAAAAUUCAUCAAAAAUCUCAAUCAAAAAUGAGAAGGCAGCAGCAGCGAAGGGCCAGAAUGGUUCAUAUCAAUCUACCAGCGACAUGUCGGAAUAUACCAACGCCGUCGAGGUAUGCCACAUCGACGAUCUGCAGGAGAAUGAAAUGAAGCAAUUCAACUUCGAUGCGAACACACCGGUAUUGGUGGUGAAGCAAGACGGUCAGAUAUCAGCCAUCGGUAAUAAAUGUACGCAUUACGGCGCCCCCUUGCACACCGGCGCGCUGGGUCAGGGACGCAUACGUUGUCCAUGGCAUGGUGCCGCUUUUUGCACACGUACCGGUGAUAUCGAAGAUUUCCCUGGGCUCGAUUCGUUGCCAUGCUUUAUGGUACGCGUUGAAAAUGACGGUAAGGUGAAGUUACGCGCCAAGCGCGCUGAUUUGGAGAAAAAUAAGCGCUUGAAGAAUAUGGUGAAACGUGAUAAAGCGAAUAAGCAGUGUAUCGUUGUUAUUGGCGGCGGUCCGGCAGGAGCAACCUGUGUAGAAACGUUGCGCCAAGAAGGCUUUACCGGCCGCAUUGUAAUGCUAUGUCGCGAGGAAAUCUUGCCUUAUGAUCGUAUCAAAGUAUCCAAGACACUGGGAAUCGCGGCGGAAACGAUACAAUAUCGAGAUGCCGAUUUCUAUGCCCAAUAUGAUAUUGAGGCAUUGCUUGGCGUGGAAGCGACCAAAGUCGAUACGACUGACAAGAAGGUACAUUGCUCGAAUGGGGAUGAGAUCAAGUAUGAUCAGCUUUUUAUCGCUACUGGCUUGAGAGCUAAGCGCCCGCCAGCCAAGGGAACCGAUUUGAAAAAUGUAUUCACUUUGCGUGAGCUCUCAGAUGGUAAGGCCAUAGUUGACGCCGUAACACCGGAAACAAACCUGGUCUGCGUAGGUGGCAGCUUUAUUGCAAUGGAGGUGGCUGCAGCGUUGGUCUCGAAAGUUAAAUCGGUAACGGUACUAUACUCAGGCGAAUAUCCCUUCCCCUAUUUCGGCGAGGCUGUGGGUGAACUUUUCUACCGUCUAUAUCGUGAGAAAGGCAUCACAAUGAAGAGUCAAAGCAGACUUUCUGAGUUGUACGGCAAUGACGAGGGGGCUGUCACUGAAGUCGGACUUAUCGAUGGCAGCAAGGUGCCAUGUGAUGUUGUUGUCUUGGGUACUGGUUCCAGCUUUAACACAGAUUUCCUCAAAGGUUCAGGCAUCAAAGUUAACGCCGACGGCUCAAUUGACACUGACAUGCAUCUCAUGACAAAUGUAAUCGAUGUUUAUGUAGGCGGUGACAUUGCCAAUGCACCCAUAAUGGCCAAUGCCAAUCAACGCGGUGCUGUUGGUCACAUACAAUUGGCGCAAUAUCACGGCCGUGUGGCCGCGCUCAAUAUUACGGGCACCAUAGAGGAUUUGCGUGCGGUGCCCUUCUUUUUCACAAUGAUUUUCGGCAAGGGUAUACGUUAUGCUGGUCAUGGCAAUUUCUCGGACACGCUGAUCAAGGGUGACUUGAAUGGCUUCAAAUUCGUUGUAUACUAUCUCGAUGCGCACGGAAAUGUGAUAGCCGUUGCAACGAUCGGUCAUGAUCCGGUAGUAUCACAAUAUGCAGAGUUACUGAGUCAGGGAAAGCGUUUGCAUCGCUCCCGAAUAGAGAGUGCAGAGGAUCACUUGGAGUGGACGAAUAUGUUGAAGGAGAAGAAGGCGCGAGUGUCGAAUGAGUGCUGAACGAGCAUUUAAAUUAAUUGUAUAUUUGUAAAUGUGUAACAUUGGUAUUUAUUAGUACAAUUUUGUAAAAUUAUUUGCAAAGAAUUCGCAAACCAAGUAUUGAAACUAAAACUAAUAAUAAUACAUAUUGCUAUUCGAAAGGUAAAAUAUAUGUUAAUACAAACAAACUUUGGAAGUUAGGUGGGAGGA